CUAGCGGUAAGCCGUGGUAGUGUCGCUCAGCUCGUCGAGGCAUAGUUUGUGUCCCCACGGCAACUUUAAAUGUCUCCGGUGCGGCUGAUAUACAGUUAAAGAAGGCUUCAGUGAAAGAAGGCCCGGGGGAGGUGUCGAGGCCGUGGUUUUGGUGGUAGAGUUGACUCUGCAGGGGAAGAUGUGCAAUGGAAUGACAGGGUCGAUACCAAAAGCCUCGUGGGCCCACACCUCGGCCACCAAACGGUCCUUUUUGUUGCUGCUGGGACUGACUGUAGUGUCCACUGGGCAGGGGUCAGGAUGUGUGAGGCCGUACAUGGUCCAGAACAGCUGGGUAAACCUCACAGAAAGCAACAGGGGCUUGUUCCCUGUGGGCACAAUACUGCAGUACAGCUGUGACCCUGGUUACCUGCCAGAUGGACCCAGCAUCCUCACCUGCACCACGCUGGGGCUCUGGUCUUCUGAACCUCCUCACUGUAUACGCAGUGGUGCAUGUCUACCCCUCACCAAACCGGAGAAUGGGGGCUACACCUGCCACCCAUCCCCCUGUCGAAUGUUUUCCCACGGCACUGUGAUCGAGUUCUUCUGUGAUGAGGGAUUCGAUCUCAAUGGAGACUAUAACUACCUGACCUGUCAGGAUGGACAAUGGGACGGCCCCAUGCAGAUCAGCUGUGUUAGCCAAGGUUGUAUAAGACCCUCCAUGGUGCAGCAUGGCUCAACUAAUCUGACAGACACCAACGGGAGCUUGUUCUCUGUGGGCGAAGUGCUGCAGUACAGCUGUGACCCAGGUUUCCUGCCGGCCGGACCCAGCAUCCUCACCUGCACCACACUGGGACACUGGUCCUCUGAACCUCCUCGCUGUAUACGCAGUGACGGUAAAGUAUGCCAGCCUCCAUAUCAGCCAGAGAGCGGAGGCUACACCUGCCACCCUUCCCCAUGUGGAAGACUCUUUCAUGGUGCCAUGAUUCAAUACUAUUGUGAUGAAGGUUAUGUUCUGAAGGGAGACUAUAAAUUCCGUACAUGUCAGUAUGGGAAAUGGGACAAUGAAAUGCCAGUCAAAUGCCUCAUGGAGCAAGGUUGCAUAAGACCAUCCAUGGUUCAGCAUGGCUCAACUAAUCUGACAGAAAGCAACAGGAGCUUGUUCCCCGACGGCACAGCGCUACAGUACAGCUGUGACCCUGGCUACCUGAUGGACGGACUGAGCAUCCUCACCUGCAGUGCACUAGGACACUGGUCCUCUGAACCUCCUCGCUGUUUACGCAGUGACGUUUGCCAGCCUCCAUAUGAGCCAGAGAACGGAGGCUACACCUGCCACCCCUCACCAUGCCAAAGACUUUCUCAUGGCACCGUGAUUGAAUAUUUCUGUGAGGAAGGUUAUAUUCUGAAAGGUGACUAUAAAUACCUCACCUGUCAAUACGGGGAGUGGGACGGCCAAAUGAAGCUCAGCUGCCUCAUGGAGCAAGACCUUGAUCCAACUUUACCACUGGGGAUGCCCGCCUUGUCCAUUGUGGCAUCCACAGCCAGCUCGGUGGCGCUCAUCCUGCUCCUCGUGGUGCUUUUUGUACUUCUACAGCCAAAACUCAAGUCCCUCCAUCGACGUGAUCAGGGUGUGUCCGGUCAGCCCGUGUCCAUCCUGGUGGAAGGAGUCCAGGUGACUCUGCCCUCGUACGAAGAGGCUGUGAGCCGCGGCGGAGCCUCGGCUUCAGCCCUCAGCUCCGAAUCUCGGGUCCAGAUAGUGCUAUCUGAGGGACAGCAUGCCACCGCGCCAGAGGCUGGUCCCUCUAGGCCUCCAUCUCUCAAACAGCAGCAUUCGGAGUUGGCUGUGGUCCACCCUGUACCACCUUCCACGUCUUCCUCAUCUCCCUCACCCUCUACCUGGUCUCUGGAGCAUGCAGGCGCGACAGCUCCUUCAUCCUCACAAAGAAGGGCGUCUGCAGGCAGCGACCAACACAGCCUGUCUCAGGACUCUGAAACGGACUACUCUGAUGAUAUGCCAUUGCUGAAGGAGGCCUGAAACAUGCUGGGGCCUUUUGGACUUACCUGAGACAGCCAGAGUUGCUACUGAUGCCACUGGUGAGUGGGAUGCCUCUUUGAGAGUUUGUCAACACAUCUGUCAACACAGACCAGCCCGGCUGAAGAGGCUCUAAGUGAUGCAGUGGAUCACUCAGAACAGUUCCUCUGGCCAUCCCAAAGGAGAACAAGAGAGGGGAUUCUCAUGUAGAUACAUGCUUACGUUUUUUUUAGAGGAAUUCCUUCACUACUCAUGUAUGUCUUAUGUCUAAAGCUGAGUUUGAAAAUGUAAAAAAAAAAAACUGAAAGGAACAGGCACCUCCGAAGGGAAUGUGUCUGUGAAGGCUGCUGAAUGAAUUGACUGAUGUAUUUCAGAUGGAUGGGCAAAGCUGCAAACUUAUUUUUGGAGCUAUUAAUCUUAUCAGUGUCUCGUUGACUGUUGCUUUUUUUAUGCUCAUAUCGUAUCACACCAUUUAAGACACGCAUUAAAAAAGAUGCAUGAAAGCCAGGUUAUCUAGACUGCUUUCCAAGUCAUGUUCACUCACUACAUUGUCUUUUUGUGGUUAUACAUCAUUAUUUAUGGGUUAUUAGUCAUGACACGCACCAUUCCACAUGUCACUAUAUAGUAUAAGGCUGCUUGUCCACCCAAAUCUUUUUUUGGAUCGAGGGUAAAAAAAAAAAAUCAAGUGACAUAUUUUUUCUGGACUUACAUUCAACAAAUGUCAUCCUGACUUCCUUUUCUUCUUACCCUUUCCCCCAAUGGCCUUACCUUUCCACUUCUAUGCACAGGUAUCUAGAAAAUGUUCAAUAAGUCAUUUUAAAACUGAAUGUCGGUUAAAUGCCUCCACUGCUUAGUGAUAUCAUGUGUGGUCAGACACAUCACUUGUACACUGGAAAAUAUUAUCUUCUUAAUUUAUUCAGGCUGCUUGGAAACUCCUGUUUUAAGGAAACUAAAAUGUGUAUUUUAUUUAUUUGUGUCCAGAAUGCUGUUGAUCAGCCAUGGCUUCUUUUUAAUGCGUCCACAACUCUUGGAAACUUAAAAAAAAAAAAAAAAAAAAAGGUAUUUUCACGUUGCUGCUUCACUUUGAAUUCUCCUGCAGGCACGUUAACACUAAGUGGCUGGGAAGAUCAAACACAAAAAAAUUUGCAAGUGUAUAGCUUGGUGUAAUGUCAGUGUUCACUUUGUUUGACUGUGUCCAUUCAGUUCACCUUUGGACUGAGAAUUCUCUUUUUGUGCAGAUGGUAUUUUAAUAUAUGUGAGAAGUUUUAAAAUUCAGUUUGCCAUGUAUUAUACCAUAUGAUCCUGUUUGAUUAAAUAUUAUUUGAGAUGUUCAA